AAACGUUAAAGAGCAUGGUUAGGUUAUUAUUGUAUUAAAUUAAUUUAAAGUAUGGGUCUUACGAAGCAAUAUUUACGUUACGCGCCCAGCGGCACCUUUAACAUAAUCGCCAGUGCAGACUGUAAUUGUACACAUGUGUCUUUAAAUGGAGUAAGCGGACGAUAUGUAGCAGUGGGUGCAUGUGAGCAUGUUAUUAUUUGGGACAUGAGACUUGGAGAAAAGGCACAAGUGCUCUCUGGCGAAAAUGUAGUGGUAUCUCAGAUCGCAGCGAGCCCAACGGGCAACCAUAUGGCGGUAGGCUACGUGGACGGCAACAUCAGCGUGUUCGAGCUCGUGAACAACGAGAUUGUGUGCCAGUUUGCUGGACACAAGUCUGCCGUCACAUGCUUGCAGUAUGAUGAACAGGGACACCGGCUGGUGUCUGGAUCUAAGGAUACUGAAGUCAUUCUUUGGGAUGUAGUAUCAGAAACCGGUAUAGCAAGAUUCAGUGGCCACAAGGGUGCCAUAACUAGUGUUCUAUUCAUCAACGGGAAGAACUGUAUUGUGAGCUCAUCCAAGGACACAUUUGUUAAGUUCUGGGAUAUUGAAACUAAACACUGCUUCAAGACUCUAGGAGGACAUCAAAUGGAGGUAUGGUCUGCUGCUUUGAUGAAAGAGGAGCGAUACCUGGUGACAGGCAGCAUGGACCAGGAAUUAAGGGUGUGGAAGCUGAACUGGACAUCUGAUGUUAAGGAGGAGGACAAGCUUAUCAGGCAGCUGGAGAUUGUCAAGCUGGAGGAAACAGACAACUUAGAAGAUAGCUCAGUAUUACAAUGUCACCAAGUGGGCACCCUAAUGCGCGGCGGUAAAGGGCGUGUCGUAGGCCUCACCACGGAUCUUGGUCAGAGCAUAUUGGCGUGUUAUGGGACAGACUCCCUAUUGGAAAUAUUCUCGUUUUGUACAGACGAAGAGGCCAAGCAAAGGAUGAGUAAAAGGAUAAAGAAGCAGAGGAAAAAGUUGACAAAACAAAAAGAAGCCGGUGAAGUGGAUGCCGACGCACCGGAAGUACCGGAGCUCCUCUCGCUAACUGACGAAGUGCGGCGACUUACUUCCAUCAAGCUGGGUGCGAAGCUAAAGUCCAACACGUUACUGCUCGGCGUUACGGGGGAACUGCGUGUGGGCGUGACGCUAGCUGACAACUCUGUUGAACUGCACAGUCUGAAGCCAGAGGAGGAUGAAGUGAAAUGUCUGAAACAAAUAAGAAUGCCUGGACAUCAGAAGGAGCCGCGAUGCGUGGCCAUUAGCUCUGAUAACUUAGCCGUUCUGUCCGCAUCAACAGAUUCCAUCAAACUGUGGAACAGGCCAAACCAGACUUGCCUUCGCACCAUCCCCUUAACAUCAGGUCGACCAACCAGCCUCAUGUUCCUGCCGGGCGACCGGCACGCGGCUGUUGGCUGCGCAGAUGGAUCCCUGCUUAUACUGGACGUAGGCGCGGGCGCGGUCAUAGAGACGGUUCCUGCUCACCAGGGCGAGUGCUCCAGCAUCGCCAUGACGCCUGACUCGAGAGGCUGUGUUUCCGGCGGCGCGGACACGACAGUGAAGUUUUGGCAGUUUGAGCUCAUACCGGAUCCCACGGGGGAGUCUAAAGCAAAAGUUCUUUCUUUACUGCACACAAGAACACUGGAACUGGAGGAGGCGGUGACGGCCGUCAAGAUCAGUCCGAACUACAAGUUCAUUGCGGUGGCUCUCAUGGAUUCUACUGUGAAAAUAUUCUUCGUUGAUACUUUUAAGUUCUACUUACAACUGUACGGCCACAAGCUGCCGGUCCACGCCCUGGACAUCAGCUACGACUCCAACAUCAUCGCCACCGGCUCCUCCGACAGAAACGUCAAGAUCUGGGGCAUGGACUUCGGCGACUGCCACAAGUCCAUUUUUGCCCACAAUGACUCUGUGACGUCACUUCAGUUCGUGCCGAGCACGCAUUAUUUCUUCACUGCGUCUAAGGAUGGGAAGGUCAAGCAAUGGGAUGCGGAUACGUAUGACAACAUUAUCACACUUCAAGGUCACGCAGGGUCAUGCCACGCGCUGGCCGUAGGCGCGGGCGGCUUGCACGUGGCCUCGUGCGGCUCGGAGAACGCCCUGCGGCUGUACACGCGCACGGACGAGCCGCUCGUGCUGGGCGACACCGACGAACAGGAGGAGGGGCUCGCCACCGGCGACACACAUGCACCUGUACCCGGUUUGCCAGGUCUCACUAUGCCAACCAAAAAAACCAUAGGAGCUGAAAAGGCUGCGGACUCGAUAUUGGAGUGCCUGUCGAUCGGCGCCGCCUAUAAGAAGGAACGCGCUGAAGCCCGCGGUCUGCCGGUGCAGCCGCCGCUACUCAUGGCGGCCUACAACUGCCACAACGAGGAAGACUUCCUGUUGGAAACUCUCAAGAAGAUACGAGCCAGUGACUUAGAAGAAGCCCUGCUGCUGCUACCGUUCAACACUGCGUGCGACAUCGUGCGAAUGUUGCCUAGCAUGCUCGAGCGCGGCGCCAACACCGAGCUUCUGUGCCGUACAGCUAUAUUCCUGCUUAAGGUUCACCAUGCGCCGCUGAAGGCACACAAGGCGUUGCUCAAGCCGCUUAUACAGAUACAGGCUAAGGCAGUGAUGCGACUGUCAGAGAUGCGGGACAUGGUUGGAUACAACGUGCACGCGCUACAAUGGAUGCGCCGCGAGGCGGAGGCAGCGGACGCCGAGCAGCUGUUCCGCGAGGCAACGGACGCGCGCCGCGGCAAGGACCGCCGCCGCCGCGCGAGGCAAGCGCUCAAACGGCCCAUCGUUACUGUUACUUGAAUAUAUUCCUACUAGUUA